AUGUAUUUCAUACCUUACUUAUUAUUAAUACGAACGAUGCUAUUAUCAACUAUCUACGUAUACGACAGUAGUAUCGUGUGUGUAUAUAAUAUACGUAUGCGCGCAUGCCUCCUCGGAAAGCGCAGACCCCUGCUGCUGCCAAUCACCCCCCCUUGCAAGAUUCUCGACCCUCAUCACUUGCACAACUUCUGGGGCGCGAGCCCAUCGCUGGAUCUCCAGGCUGUAGCCAGCGCUGCUCGUGACGCCGUAGGCUCAUCAUGUGAUGCUCGGGAUGAAGCCGAACCUGGCGACCGUCCGUUUGCUGCGUUCCUUAUCGGCGCAGGGGACCCGAGGCAUGUGAUUACCACCCUUGCUCGGUCACGGCGGCACGGUGGUGAAUGUAAGCUCAUUUCCUUCCACAUCUUCGAGUCCACUAUGCCCGAGAUCGCGAGGCACGUGCUGCUUCUCGCCGUGCUCAUGACGGACGACUCCCCUCCCACGGAACGAUGCGAGCGGUUCCUGGAGAUUCUAAUGAAUGCCAGGGUCAGGGUUUCAACAGCAGAGUACAUUGAGCGGAUCGCCGAGCGGCUAAAUCGCGUGGCGUGCGCGGUAUUUGCUGGAGAGAUCGGCACCGUGUUGGAUGAUCCCUUCUCCCAAAUCUUUGAUCUCUCUUUUCUCAAGUUCCGCGAACGAGACGAUCUGCUCGAUGUGUUCCAUUCGUGGUCACGACAAGGAGAACCCAGUAAACGCCAUGAUGAGUUUGACAUGGAGCGCGCAUGGGAACGCAGGUGCAGGCGUUUCUACGGCGAAAGGUACGAUCAUAGAAAAAACAUGGUGGAUUGGGAUUAUAACACCAGGCUUGUGCAGGAGGGUGCCUCAGUAAUUCACUUCAGUCACUUUGCUCAGUGGCGACUGACCGGUAUCGGUUUUCCUGUGCGAGAGUCAAUUUACCCAGAGAUGAACCGUACACUGGUGACCCGUUCGUGCGGUAUCACGAAGGAAUACAUAGACAGAAACAUGCAAGAUCACGGAUGUAGCGUACAGAGUAAGGGUUAUUGGGGAGACCUGCUGAGUGGGCCGUACUUCUCGUUCGGCAUUGAGGCAGAGGAGCCUGAACUAUUCAGGGUUUCGAAUAAACAGCAUGUCAAAAACGCUGUCCAGGUUAGCGAGUACAACGUGGCGGCAUGUAUAUUCGAGAUGCGCACCGGCGUGCCAUGGAAGGUCGUGAUGGGGCGACGGCCAGGGAUGGGGCAAGACGAUGCGAUGUAUGAUGCGGACAUCAUCAACGCAUGGGGGAGUGAAGACGAAUGUUUUCCACCUGUUCCAUCUGGUUGCUGUAGCCAGGCCACAGAAAAUGGCGAGAAUGACGAGAACGGAGGAGCACCUCGGAAGCAACUUCUCUGGAGAGACAGGAGCAGGUCGUACGCAGAAUACUGGAGGAGGCUUAGAGUUAUCCUCACAGGGCCUGGAGACCUUGAAAAAGUUCUCACAUCACGCGCAAUAAAACUAAACAACGGUGGGUUUGAUUGUAUCACAGUGGGCGCAUGGCAUGCGCUAAAGUUGCUGCCAGAACUUGGCCCGACAGCGAGACGGUGGAAAGGACCUGGGACCACGCCUGGCAUUUUGAUUGUGGAGGGUGCAAAAUAUCUUGUUUUCAUGGACAAAAAAACAGUUGCCAACUUCACUACGAAGAUCGGAGAGUUGGCAACACGGGCGGGGUUUCGUCCGGUUCCCGCUAAGGUGCCUGAGAAGGAUGCAAAUUGGACAACGACGAAACCUCUAAAGGAUUUUGGAACCAGUGCCGAAACAUCCACGCCCGUAGAACCAGGUAUCCUCUGUGGGGUUGAUGACGUGCAUCGGGUGUUUGUAGCUAUUUAAUGAUUGCAUAGCUGGAUUGUGACAGUAUGGCAGUAUUGUUGCAUCCUAACAUCUGACAACCAAUUUUCGUGCCGAGCGUUGGUAGCGCGCCAGCUCUUAAUUUCAUUUCAGAACCUUAGUUGA